CAUAGAAAUCUGUGUACACAAAUACUCGUGACGUAGUACGCAAGCGGCCUGUCAAAAGCAAUGGCGAUCGACUUGAGGAAACACAAAGAUGCGCUUUUAAAAGCGUAUAAUGAUGUUGUUGCGGAUAAUAAUAGUACAGAUUGGGCAGUUUUUACCUAUGAAGGUCAGACAGCAGUUCUUAAAGUGGCAGAGACAGGAGAGGGUGGUAUCAGUGACAUGGUUGAUGACUUAAACAGUUCCAAGAUCAUGUAUGCCUACUGCAAGGUGUUGGACCCCAACACAAACCUGCCAAAGUUUGUCCUCAUCAACUGGCAAGGAGAGGCAGCCCCGGAGUCCAUGAAGUUUAAGUGUGCCAACCAUUUGAGAGAUGUGACCAACUUCUUCCAUGGUAUUCAUGUGACAGUUAAUGCCCGUACAGAGGAUGACAUGGAUGAAGAUGAUAUUCUGAAGAAAGUGGCCAAGUCCUCGGGAUCGCAAUACAGCAUCCACAAGGAGAAGUCAAAACCACAGGAACCAAUCGCUGCUGUGGGGUCUGUGUACCAGAAAACUCAGGCAGCUCGGGAUAUUAACAUUAAACAAAGGGACAAGUUCUGGGCUAAAACUGAGACGGAGGAACAUGAGAGACAGGACAUUGAGAGACGCACAUUGUUGGAACGUCAACAGUCGCUAGAUAGUGAGCGCAAGGCUCGUGAGGCGAAGGAGGCGGAAGAGCGGGAGCGGCAGUUGCAGGAGCGUAUGAAGGCCAUCAACCAGCAGAGGGCGGCAGAGAGACGUGCCAGCCAGUCUGACGACCAACAGCAGAAAAAACAAUGGGAGCUCGACCAGGAGCAGGCAGCACGAGAUGAAGAAGAACGUGGUCACCGUGCUGACCAGCUGCGACGGGAAAGGGCUGCAGAGGCCGAGAAGCUCGCAUCGGCCAAAACAUCCACUGCUCGCUCAUAUUUCAAGAGGAAAGAGUCACAGUCUGAGGACACAGAGGAUCGACCCCCACCACCCAGAAGGCAACUGAAGCACAAUUUUGGUGAGGUGGACCAGGAGGAGCCCCCAGCUGCCAGACAGCCCAUCCAGCUUCCACGCAAACAGCCUUCUCCCCCUCCCACUCAACCGGCCCGUGAGCCCUCCCCACCCCCACAGAGGCAGCCGUCCCCACCCCCUCAGCGAGAAGCUUCUCCACCCCCAAGGGAGCCAAGUCCCCCACCAAAGAGGCAACCUUCUCCACCACCUGCUCAGGCACCAACCCAACCCCCAGCUGGAAAAAACCUGCUGGCAGAAAACCUACCACCCAGACAUGGAGACUCAGAUGAGGAGGAGGCUGAUGAAGACUGGGGAGAGGAAGGAAAAUCAAAGCCAGCAGUGGAGCAAGACAUCCAAGCAGUACAGGCCCCAGAUGUCCCCAACCCCGAGCCUGCGGCACCUGAGGGCAAGGGACUGUGUUGUAUUGCAUUAUACGACUAUCAGGCUUCUGAUGACACUGAGGUAACCUUUGACCCAGAUGAUGUCCUCACACAUGUCGAACAAAUAGACGAAGGUUGGUGGAUUGGCACUGCCCCUAACGGCUCACGAGGAAUGUUUCCCGCCAACUACGUUGAAAUUAUUCAAAGCUGAUACCCUUCGUGUUCAAAGACUACUGGUGUCUUGAUGUAUUUGUUUCAUUUUGAUACAUUUUGGAUUGCUAUAAAUUUAGAAGGUCUUUUUAAGCUAUUUUUGUAUUUCAACCAUUUUGGCAAAGUUAAGUAAUUGCAAAAAAGUGUGACAUGUCUAUAUGAAUUGCUUCUGUAAACAUGACAGUUUUUAUGUUUUCAUUUAGAAAAGUUUUAAAUACGCAAUUGAUGGAGUCGUGGAUGUAAGCAAAAAUAAAACACAUGUAAAAUCCUUCUACUGUAUUAAUAUUUUGUAUACUGCUCUUUUCUCAUAAGGGGUAAAAUUAAAGCAUUCUACUGUAUUAAUAUUUUUUAUACUGCUCUUUUUUAUGAGGGGUAUUUGUUAGGAUUAUGAUUAUUGAAAUAGUAAACCAAGGUAAUAGAUGCCAUAAAUAUAUUUUGUAUAUAUUUUGUAUACAAUGUUGAUGUACUUUUGAGAACUUCUUUUCCUCCAUGUACUUUUGCAUAGAAAUUUAUUGUACGAACGGGUAAGUAUGUCCUCUUAUGAUAUUAUACACCUUUUUAUUUAAUGAUUUAUAUCCAUGAAUUUAAGUGACAGUAUCAUAGUUUGCAACAAAAUGCAUAUUUCGUACAAUCAACAUUGAGAGACUUGAAACAUAUUGAUCUUUGCCAAAAUAUAUCACUAUCCAAGCAAGUAUCCCGUUAUAAAUGUAGAGCGAGCACAGGCAGUUCUGUCAAGAGGAUUAAAAUGUAUUGAAGUAAUGACACCUGGGGAUGGGUUCUAUUUUCUUCCCCAUCCUAGUAUGAAUGCAGUUCAAAGUCAAAUAUUUCGAAAAAAAGAUUUGGACAUUUCCUGCGUGAUGAAAGCUUUCAGUGACCUAGUUUUACUACGACUCAGUUAAACAUUUUCCCUAAAAGUUGCUGUGAGAGAUCCCUUUAAUGAAAAUUCUAGUACUGGUAAAAACUGGUUUGAGUAACACAUGUAAUACAGAAAUGACUUUCAGUUAUAGUUUCUUAAUUGAAAAUAGCAGUCUAAAUGGAUAAAUGGAAAACCAAAAUGUUUUAUCUGCAUCUUAUUUCAAUGUGACUAAAGUUUGUUUAGCUUUCAUAGUAUGCUUUAUAGAGCUGAAUGCAUGGCCUUUACAUGGAAUCAUGAAAAUAAAGGAUAAUUAAUAUGUCUCAGGCAGCUUUUUCUAUCAAUUUGGCUACAUUGCACGAUUUUGGUUCUUUGGAAAUAAUUAUUACAAAUGAAAUAAGCAUUAAUGAAAAUUACCAAAAUUAAUUAAUUGUUUAAUGUGUUUUAAUUUCUUCCAAACUUGUUUCUUUAAAAGGAUUGUCUUUGAGGCAUCAUUUUCUUUUUGCGAUUAACGUAAAUUACUUGACUGAUGUUUCCAUAGUUCCUACGAAAGUCAACUGCAUUCACUGUUUCAAACAACCCAAUUAUUUAAAAAUACUGUCAUCAAACUUUUUUUUUUCUAUGUUCCAUAAAGAUUCAAUAUUAGGAUGAAAUUAAAGCAAGUGAAUGUUCGAAGGCUCGAAAUUGUGUCAUGUAGCUCAAUUGUGUGUCAUUAUAUUACCAUUUUGCUAAAUUUCCAAUUGUUCAAAACACAGUGGCAAUGAUUAUGAUGGCAUUUCCCUUAAUUCUCCAUGGUUAUGGCAGUGAAGUGUGGUUUAAUACAUAUACCAGUGUCUACACACUGUUGGUGCAGUAUAUGUUGACCUAUGCAAAUGUUUGUGACUACUGUUCUCCGGUUAAGGUUUUGUGUUAUCAGUGUAUGUUUGUAAUUGCUAUGAAUAUUAAUAAGGCAAUUAACUUCUGAUUUAGAAUGAACAUUACUUGAUUGAAGGCAAUUAUGUACAGGUACACGAUAAUUUCCUUACUGUUCAUGUAUCAGGUAAUAAAGUGAUUUUGAACAAAUAUAGGUGUCUUUGUAAUACUCAUACAAGCUUCAUUAUCUGAGAUGGAUUUCGUACAAUUGUGCUAUAUUUGAGCAUCAUAUUUCAUAUAUUGGUGACACAUGAAUAUUUUAAAGUCCAUAAACAUUCUAUAUGUAUUGUCUUUGUCCAAUCAUGGGUUGUUAAAUGCUGUAGUAAUAACCUGCAUGAUUAGUUAUGGUAUUCAAUUUUCUGUAUCAAUUCCAUUAAAAUAUCUGUGAUAGUCAUGGUUUCAUCCAAUAAACUGUCUAUUUGUGAAUAAGGGUAGAACAUGUUAGAAUGAUCUUAUUGGUUAAACCUGUACGUAUUAAGGAGAAAUAAGAGAAUAUCUUUUUAAUAUAUCAUCAGACCAUUUGAUAAAAUAAAUAUUACCACCUCUUGAUGUAAGUAUUAUGUUCUAAUUCAUAUAUCUGUAAAAAAGGUGCAUAUUUAAUGAGCUGUCUGUUAAUGGCCUAUGUGCCAGUUAUUGGAUUACAUUUCAUUUGUUAAUGGCGUACAAGCAAGUUAUUGGAUUACAUUUUAUUUGUUAAUGGCCUACAAGCAAGUUUAUGGAUUACAUCUUAUUUGUUAAUGGCCUACAAGCGAGUUAUUGGAUAAUAUCUUAUUUGUUAAUGGCCUACAAGCAAGUUAUUGGAUUAUAUCUAUUUUGUUAAUGGCCUACAAGUGAGUAACUGGAUUACAUUUUAUUUGUUAAUUGCCUACAAGUAAUUUGUUUACAUGUUAUGCAUUAAUGACCUAUAUGCAAGGCAAUGCAUUACAUGUUAUUUGUUAAUGGCUUACAAGCAAGUUAUUGCAUAACAUGUAAUUCAUUAAUGGCCUAUUUGCACGACCUUAUACAUGUAGCUAUUAAUGUGUUUGAAUAAAUUGCUAGACUCAAGUUUACAAUGUACCGGUACAUGUAAUUUUAUUUUUUACAGCUAUAUACAUGUUUAAGGAAACAAAGCAGUGCCAUGUGACAUUUAAAUCAAUAUUUAAUUAUCAAACAUGUACCUUUAACAAAAGAUGUUGUUUCUUUGUUGGUAUUCAAUUUAAUAUUCAUGUCAUUGUGUUUGACAAAUGCAUGUUUAUCUCAAAGAUUUUUAAUGCAGCAGUUUAAGAAGACUUCGGAAUUCAAUUCUGAUUGCUUAUUGGUUUAUGCUUACGGUACCUUAAAUAAUAAAACAAGAUUACAUGUUGUUGGAGUCAUUUUAAUUCUGUUAUAUUGAUAAACAAGAUGGAAUGAAAUUGUUGAUAUCUUAGUCCAGGAAUAUACACAUAAUGUUUAAAUAUACUGUUAAACUUAUAACUUAGGUAUAGCAUUAUUUUAACAAAAAAAAUACAGUUGGAGCAAUUUAGGAUGAUGAUAAAUGGUUUCAUUACAUCUAUCAUUAGUGUAAUGUUGAAAGUGAAUGAGAUGACAGGUAAUACAUGCAAGCCUUGUGAAUUGAUUUAUGUUAGGCUUUUAUUGUGCUUUGUUUUCUGUUAUUUUGAUUUGCAAGCACAUAAUUUUAUAUGAAUCUGUUGAAUAUUUGAAUGCUUAACUCUUUUAUAUGAUAUAUUUCAUUCAUUGAUAAUUAUGAAAACUGU